AAAUUUAUAUGAGCUAUGAUCCAUAUAAUAAUUUGUCUCAAGCCAAUUGGACUUUUCAACCCAGGAAAUUUCCACGUAAAUGAUAAGCAUUUUCAUUCCUCUUUCCUUUUGUCAUUUCUCAUCUACUUUACAAUUUCUCUCUAUAAAUUCAAGUCUUCAAUCGCAACACCCCCAAUCGCUCAUGAAUCUUUUGCUUGGGAAUACGAUGUGUUCUUGAGCUUCAGAGGUGAGGAUACACGCAAAACUUUCACUGAUCAUCUUUAUUCUGCGCUGUGUCAAACUGGAAUCCGCACAUUUAGAGACGACGAAGAACUCAGAAAGGGUGAAUAUCUUGCUCCUGAGCUCACUAGAGCAAUUCAAAAUUCAAAAAUCUCUAUGAUAGUCUUCUCAAAAGACUAUGCAUCCUCUAGGUGGUGCCUUGAUGAAGUUUUGCAAAUUGUGGAGUGUAAGGAGAAGGGAAAACAAAUAGUUUUUCCCAUUUUUUACGAUGUUGAUCCUUCUCAAGUGCGUAAACAAAGUGGGAACUAUGGCUUGGCUUUUGCAAAGCACGAAGAACGUUUUGGGAAAGGUGAUAAAGUACAAAAUUGGAGAGAUGCUCUGACUAAAGUUGCAGAUAUGUCAGGAUGGGAUUUGCAAGGCAUUACCAACGGAUAUGAAUCCAACUUUAUCAAUGCAAUAAUCAAGGAGGUUCGGUUGAAGAUAUGAAUCCAACUUUAUCAA